AUGGAUAAUUAUGACAACACUGAUAAGGUAUUGAAUGUAGAAGGUGUAAUUAAAAAGACAUUAGAUGAUAUUAAUAUUCAAGAUAAUAAUAAGAUUUUUGAGAAAUUGGCCUCACAACAAUACACUGAUGAAAUACAUUUGAAUAAUAAAAAUGAAGAAGUAGGAGAUGAAUAUUAUAAAGAUUGUGAUAAUAAUAUUAAUAAUGAAAUAAUUUUACCAAAAGAAACUUAUUCAAAAAUACAAGUACAAGAAGAUCUUUCAAUUCCUCCUGGUAAACCACUUACAGCUUAUAAUCAAUUUCUUGCAUCAUUAAAAGACCCAUCAUGUAGUGAAGUUGUACAUUUGAUAGCAAAAUUUAUUCAGAAAUAUCCUGAAUUAGAUUCAGAUUUAAUUCAUAUUAUAUAUGAAAAUAAUGAAGAUGAUGAAAUAAUAAAAAACUUAGGACUAGAUGAAGAAAUUAAUUUGCAAUUAUUGAGUGAUAUACUAAAUAAGUUUGUAUUAGUUUGUAAUAAUUUAUUAUUACAAACUGAAAUAUAUAUGAAGAAUGAUUCUGAAGAAGAAAAGAAUUAUAUAAUAGAAGGUCUGGAAAAAUUGAUAACUUCAAAAUUAUAUAAUAAACUUAUUAAAAUAAUAUCCCUAGAAAAUAAGGCUAUAGAUGAAUAUUUAAGUAUAAAAUUAAAAAAGUUGAAAUCUUUUGUCCAACUAAAUCAUUUUGAUGUAUCUGAAAUAUAUAUGGAUGUAUUAAAUACAGAAAAUUCAUGGCUUGAUUUAUGUAACAAUGAACUUUAUAAAUUUGUUCGUGUAAAAUCCCCUAGGGAUAAAGUAAUCUUAAUUGUAAAUGUUUGUAAAGUACUUCUUUCAUAUAUGAAUAAUAUAAUUAAUGAAUGGAAAGAUAAACAAAAUGAUAAUAAUAAUUUUUAUAAAGAUAUACCAGCUCCUCCAGCAGCUGAUGAUUUAUUACCUCUACUUAUAUAUAGUUUAAUUCAAAUUAAUCCUCCAAAUCUAAAAACUCAUUUGGAAUAUACUAACCAUUUUAGAAAUCCUAAUUUACUUAUUUCAGAAGAUUUAUAUUUUUAUACUCACUUUUAUUCUGCAGUUACAUUUCUUGAAAAACUUGAUGGUAAACAAAUCCAAUUAAAUAUAGAUCCACAUAUAUUUGAAAUAAAUUAUUUUUCUAAUACUGAAGAAUAUAUAGAAAAAAGUGAUCAAGUAAAAGAAGUUAUAACAAAGAAGAAUAAUUUAAUUAAUAAUAAUUCAUAUAGAAAAAAUUCCAAUUUUCAUCAAGAUAUAGAUAAUAUAAUUAAAAAGUUAGUUCUUUUCCCUUUACAAUAUGAGGAAAUACUAGAUGUAUCAGAUUUAAAAAUGGGAGAUAUACCAAAUCUAUUUAAUCAAUAUAGAGAUUUAUCUAAACUUUUAAAUGAACUUAAAACUAUAUAUAAUAAUAUUCAUUAG